UUUUUUUUCAGCGAUGACCAAGGCUCAUUAAGUUCUGACGAUGAAGAGCGGAGAAGUGCAGAGGACAGCGAUAGUGAGUUUGAGGACGACGGGAAAGGAGAAAAAACGGAUAUCGAUGAAGAAUCAUCCGAUGACGGGAACGAUGACCCUAGUCGACUUCUUCAGAUGUGCAUGAACGAUAUAGAAGCUUCGAAAGACCGAUUUGAAUCUGCUACACAAGAGGAGACGGCGCGUCUUAUACUGAGAUUGGCUGCGGUUGUUGCUGAGAGCUCUAAAAAUACUGAGAUUGUUGAUGAGGUCUUUGACGAAGUUGUUAAUGCUGCAGGCACGUUUCUAAAUCGGAUUCAGCAGCCCGCUUUGUUAGGCGACGAAAGCUGUUCUUGCCCUACAAGCUUUCUUUUGCAGAAGAUAUGUUAG